AUGCCAAUGGCCAAUGUCCAACAAUUACUCAAUCGUGCUGUUCCCGCACAAGACCAGAUACUCAAUUUUUGUGGAAUCUCACCUGAAUGGCAUGCAGCAGACUCUGUAACCCGUUUCCUGAGGACUGUUCUCGUGUAUCUAGAGGACAUUCAAUUUGUGGUGCUUUAUGGAGGAAUUCCUGACCUCACACUUGCUCAUUCUAUAGGCGAGUUGAUGUACCAGAAAGGCCUAAAGACCACUAAAAAACCAAAGCUGCAUUCAAGUUUUGAGUGUUUCAUUCAACUGUCCUUAACAUCAACGCCGGCAGUCCAACAAAUUCGGGAAUAUACAUUCAAUGAUGGGCGUACUGCUCUACAAACUGCUUAUCUUUCGCACAGCGAGGCCACACUCAAGAGUGAAGCAUCUGAAAGUGGUUCACUAUGUGCACUGCACACCAUUCAAGAUUGCCCAGACUAUGAUGAAUGGGCAGAAAUAUCUCCAUGUUAUGAUCUUCCACUCAUUAUGGGCGAUGAUCUUCCAGAUAAGCGAAAACAGCACCCUGCAGAUAACCCGCUCCUUGCCUGGCUGCCAGAACAUCAGUCCUUCCUUGAUGAGACAAUUUUCUUGGAGGGUCGUGCUUAG